GCAUCCAGCUACUUCAAGGAGACUGUUCCAAUUAUUUUGCUGCCGGAAAGCGGCAGAACGGCGUCUACAAAAUCACCCCGGAUCCCAGAAACCGUAGCUUUGACGCUUAUUGCGACAUGGAGUCCUUUGGCGGUGGCUGGACGGUCUUCCAGAUGCGCCAGGACGGCAGCGUUUCCUUCAACCGGACCUGGGAGGAGUACAAGAACGGCUUUGGAAACGGUAAGGAGUUCUGGCUAGGGAACGACAAAAUUCAUCUCCUGACCAAGAGCAAGGAGAUGCAGCUGAGGAUCGAGCUGGAAGAUCUCAGCGGCGUCCGACAAUAUGCCAGAUACGACCAGUUCUACGUCGCCAACGAGUUUCUCAAAUACCGGUUAACCAUCGGCAGCUACAGCGGCACCGCCGGAGACGCCUUGAACUUUAGCAAGCGCUACAACCACGAUCAAAAGUUCUUCAGCACCGCGGACAGGGACAAUGAUCAGUACACCUCCGGCAGCUGCGGCGCCUAUUAUAGCUCUGGCUGGUGGUUUGACGCCUGCAUGGCCGCCAAUCUCAACGGCAAAUAUUAUAACAAGAAAUACAAAGGGGUCCGCAACGGCAUUUUUUGGGCCACGUGGCCCGGAGCUUCUGACGAUAACAUGAACGGUUACCGGAAAGCUUUCAGGAAGGUCAAAAUGAUGAUGAGGCCCAAGAUUUUCUUGCCGUGAAUCCUUUCCCCCUUCUCCCGAAUCCCUUCGUCCGAUGUUGGCGCUUUCCUCCAGAAUUUGAGCGCAAUUUAAGAAGAGUCUUGUUCAUUUUUUUUCUCUCUUGCGAGCAUUCCUCUUCCGAAGUACGCAGGCAUAUUUUCCCGACCAAAUUCACGAUGGCAUACGGCCAAACG